AUGGAAAGUUCUAAGCAAAAACGAUGUCAUUCUAGCGUAGUGGAAACCAUUGAAGCACCAUUGCCACUAGUGUGGUCAAUACUACGUCGGUUCGACAAACCACAGGCUUACCAACGUUUCGUCAAAAGUUGCACUAUGCGCUCCUGCAUCGGCAAAGAAAGUGGAGGACAAGGCUCCGUCCGGGACGUGACGUUAGUCUCCGGCCUUCCAGCGGAUUUCAGCACGGAGAGGCUCGAUGAGCUUGACGAUGAAUCUCACGUGAUGGUUGUUAGUAUCAUCGGCGGUAACCAUAGGCUUGCUAAUUACAGAUCGAAGAUAACGGUGGCUGAGUCUUCGUCGGUAGUGGGUGAGAAGACGGUGGUGGUGGAGAGUUAUGUGGUGGAUGUGCCAGAAGGAAAUAGCGUGGAAGAGACUAUAUUUUUUGUUGAUAACAUCAUUCGGUAUAACCUUUCAUCACUUGCUAAGCUCACAAAGAAGAUGAUGGGAUAA